UUAUUUCUAUAAAAAAAAAUGACAGAUAUCCAUUCUUAAAGGAAAAGCGUGUAAAAAGUAUUUAAAUUUUUUAAAAUAGUAAGCAUAUAUUGAUGAUCUCUUUACAAAUGACAAUGAAAAUGAAGAUGAUAAAGAUUUAAUUAAAAUAUAUAACUCUGCUAAGAAAGAAAGAAAAACUAUAGAAGCUCACAAACAACUUUUAGAUAAUAGAGUUGCAUUAUUAAAAUAGGAGGAAAUACGUACAUUAAAAAAAAUAGAAGAAACUAGAAAAAAAGCAUUAGAAAUUUAUUAUCUAAAGAAAAAAAAUGAAGAGAAACUUAAAAAGGUAAAUAUUUAAUUUUGAUUCAUAGAAAGAAGAGGAAAAAGAAUCACUAUAAAAGAAACAAGAAUAAUAACAGCAAAUUAGAAAAUAGUAAGAAAAAGAGCACUAAUUGUUAAUUUAGAAACAUAGAAAUGAAAAAGCUCAAAAAGCAUUUAUAAUAAAAGAGCAAUCAAAGAAAAUUGAAUUGAGAAAAUAAAAUAUUUAGAAAUAAUCGUUAACAUCGUUGAAAGAAAAGAAUCAAAUUAUUAGAGAAUCAAGAGAUAUUAAUAGAGUGAGAGAAAGAAUAUAAAUGGAAAAAAGAGAAGCAAUUAAAGAUCAAUUAGGAAAAAAGUUAGAAUCUGAAUAGAAACUUAAAGAAAUAAAACAAAAAGGUAAUCUUAUUAAUACAGUCUAGAAAUUGAAUAAAUUGAAACCUAUGAAAUGGAUUUGUUAUAAAAAUUGUAAAAUACAUAAUAAAUGUAAAAAACUGCUUUUGAAGAAUUAGAAUCAGCUUUGACAAUGACGGCUAAAGAAUUUGCUGAAAAGUAUCUUUAACCAAAAUAAAAAGAGUAAUUUAAUUUUUAUUAAUUAGUGAUUAAAAUAAAGAAAUUUCUAAUUUUAAUUCAGAUGAUGAAGGAGCAUAAAAAGAUAAAGAACAUCCUCAUAUAAGUGAACCUUCAUAAGAUUAAUCUUCAAAAAUUUCUAUAUAAUAGAUUAAUGAGAUAAAUGAUUAAAAUCAACAAAAUGAUUCUAAUAAAGAUGAGAAUAAUUAUUAAGACAAUAAUUAGAAUAAAACUUAAAAAGAUGAAACCAAUUUAUUAAAUUAAAAUAAUAAUCAAUAAGAUGAAUAAAAUUAAAGUGAAAACGAAGAUUAAAAUGAGAUUCCAAACAUUCUAGAUUCUCCAAAAAAUAAAAUAGAGUAGGAUUCAUAAUAAUAAGAAUAAGAAGAAUGA